CCAUGUGACCGGAGGGAUGCAUGAGAAAGAUGGAUUGGAAGCAGGAAUGUGAACGAAGAGGAAAAAAUCACGGAUUGGAGGCAAACGGAAGAUAUCCGAUAAACAUGCGGGUAAUGGGUGAAUGUGGAUUUGACCAAUGAAUGAAUGAAUAAAUAAAUAAAAGAUUGUUCUCAGCCACAAAAGCCCUGCUUUUUCUUUCAGAACCUGGACCUGUGCGGAGCUCUGAGAAAGGGCUCAGCUCACAAGGGAAGAGAUAGUCCUUGAAGAAGCUAGAAGGACUUAGGAGCCCUCAGAAAGGACUUGGCAGCUGAGCAAGAAGCUCUGGGGUCAAGAUGGGAAAUCAAAGCUUGCCUGGGCCAGAAGCAGAAAACGGCCCUGAGGCCAUCCCGGCUGGGAGCAGAGAGGAAUUCUGGGAAAUACCUGUGGGAAAGAUCCUGGCUGAUGACAGCACCAGCUCAGAUGUCCGUUGCCUGCACUUCAGGCAGUUCUGCUACCAGGAGGCUGAGGGGCCCCGAGAGACAUGCAGCCGACUCCACCAUCUUUGCCAGCUGUGGCUGAAGCCGGAAAGGCACAGCAAGAAGGAGAUGCUGGACCUGGUGCUCCUGGAGCAGUUCCUGGCCGUCCUGCCCCCGGAGAUGGAGAGCUGGGUCAGGGAAUGUAGGCCGGAGACCAGUUCCCAGGCAGUGGCCCUAGCAGAAGGCUUCCUCCUGAGCCAGGCAGAGGGUGAGAAGCAAGGAGGACAGUCUCGUGGGCUGUCCAGAGGGGCUGAUGGAGCAGAGGCGGCACCAUCCAAUCCAGGGCAGAGGCCGUUCUUCUGGGGAACCAAAUGGGAGAAUGAGCAAGGUGCCAACUUGCUGGGCAAUGGAAGGACAUUGGCAGAUGGUUCUGGACCUUUGAGCCUUUGUGAGGGCCUGGAAGUGGCCUCUGAGCCACUGGAUCAGGGGCUGGUGACACUAGAGGAGGUGUCUGUCUCUUUCACCCUGGAGGAGUGGGCUCUGCUGGAUCCGGGCCAAAGGGCUCUGCACUGGGAAGUCAUGGAGGAAAAUUGCAGGAAUCUGGCCCAUCUUGGGCAUGAAUUCCAGAGAAGGGAAGAAGAGCAGAAAAGAGGAACAGAAGGAAAAUCAAAGUGUAGCAAGAAAUCCAUUGCACCUGGAGAUACCAAUUUCCAUGAAAUUUCAGUCCAAGGACCAAUUAAUAAAAGAAACAAAAGCAGUAGGUUCACUCAAUGUACAAAACUCUUAGCUGAGAAAUCAAGCCUUGACUCACAUCAGGGAAUGCAAAAUCAGGAAAAGCUAUUGAAAGAAUCAGAGAGUGCGAUGAACUCCAAUGGAAGAAAAAGCCUUGUUUUACAGGAAGCUCUGGAGGCACAGGAGGAACCACAUUUACAUUCACAGUGUGAAAAGAGCUUCAAGUGGACCGGAGAAGUUAUUUCUCAUCAAAUGAGACCCGCACGGGAGAAACCAUAUAAAUGCUCAGAGUGUAUGAAGAGUUUCAGGGUGCGUUCGGAGCUUAUUUCCCAUCAAAGAAUUCACACAGGGGAGAAGCCAUAUAAAUGUUCAGAAUGUGGAAAGAGUUUCAGAAGUAAUGACAAACUUAAACAACAUCAAAGAACACACAAUGGGGAAAAACCAUAUAGAUGCUCAGUGUGUGGAAAGAGCUUCCGUCAGAGUUCACACCUUUGUGUCCAUCUCAGAGUACACACAGGAGUGAAACCAUAUCAAUGCUCUGUGUGUGGAAAUUGUUUUGGAAGGAAGGAAAUUCUUAUACAACAUCAGUGGGUCCACACAAGAGAGAAACCUUAUAAAUGCUCAGAAUGUGGAAGGAGCUUCAGGCAGAAUGCAGACCUUACUUCUCAUCACAGAAUCCACACACAGGAGAAACCAUAUAAAUGCUCAGAGUGUGAUAAAACCUUCACAGAGCGUGGAACACUUAGAGCACAUCAAAGAAUUCACACAGGGGAAAAUCUACAUACAUGCUUAGAAUGUGGCAAGAGCUUCAGUCAGAAUUCACACCUUCGUGUCCAUCUCAGAAUACACACAGGAGUGAAACCAUAUCAAUGCCCAGAGUGUGAAAAGAGCUUCACUCAGAAUGCACACCUUCGUGUCCAUCUCGGAAUACACACAGGAGUGAAACCAUAUCAAUGCCCAGAGUGUGGAAAUUGUUUUAGAAGGAAGGAAAGUCUUAUACAACACCAGAGGGUCCACACAAGAGAGGAGCCAUAUAAAUGCUCAGAAUGUGGAAAGGGCUUCAGGCAGAGUUCGGCGCUUGCUUACCAUAAAAAAACUCUCCAUAUAAAUGCUCAGAAUGUGGAAACAGCUUCAGAAGGAAGGACAAACUUAUACAACAUCAAAGAAUGUGUAGUGGGGAAAAACCAUGUAGAUGUUCAGAAUGUAGAAAGGGGGGGUGGCUAUGGCAGCAAUGGAGUCGGGCGCAUUUUAGAGAGCUCUGGUCUUCCCUACCAGAAGCCUCCAGUGUUAAUGAGUGGGAGCGAGCCCGGCGUCCCAGAGAAGCACCGGAAAGGGAAGGCCGGAGAGGUGAUUUCCUGCCCGCAGUCCCCGCCGUGGGAAAGCGGUCUUUGUUUUUCCCACGCGUGCGGCAGCCUCGGCUCCUCCUUCCCGGCCCGGGACCCGCCUGUUUUUUUCUAUUGUGGCCUUCAGAAAGGAUGUGGUAGCCGAGCAAGGAGAGCCUUUGGCCUUCUUGAAUCCGGGGCCAAGAUGGGAAAGCUGGACUCAGCUGGGGCUGGGGCUGAAAGAGGCCCUGAGGCCACCCAGGCUGGGAGCAAAGAGGAAUUCUGGAAAAGAACAGUGCAGAAGGCCCUGGAUGGGGGCACCACCAGCAGGGAUGUACAGCGGCAGCGCUUCAGGCACUUCUGCUACCAGGCGGCCGAGGGGCCCCGAGAGACUUGCCGCCGACUCCACGCUCUUUGCCACCAGUGGCUGAAGCCAGAAAGGCACAGCAAGAAGGAGAUGCUGGACCUGGUGAUCCUGGAGCAGUUCCUGGCCGUCCUGCCCCCAGAGAUGGAGAGCUGGGUCAGGGAAUGCGGGCCAGAGACCAGCUCCCAGGCGGUGGCCCUGGCCGAGGGCUUCCUCCUGAGCCAGGCAGAGGAGGAGAUGCACAGAGGACAGGGGCCUUCCAAAGGGGCUGCUGAUUUCCCCAAAGCCGAGAAGAUGCCAUCCAAUCUGAGGCAGAGGCUGUUCACCGGGGAGACCACCUGGGAGAAUGACGGAUGUGCCGUCUCGCUGGGACUUGAGAGCCGAGCAAGGAGCUCCUCUUGCCUUCUUGGGUCUGCGGCCAAGACGGGAAAACAAACGUCAGGUGGGCGUGAAGGAGAAAGAGGCCCUGAGGCCAUCCAGGCUGGGACCAGUGGUGAAUUCUGGGAAAGGUCUGUACCAAAAGUCCUGGCUGAUGACACCACCAGCUCAGUUGUUCGUUGCCUGCACUUCAGGCAGUUCUGCUACCAGGAAGCCGAGGGGCCCCGAGAGACAUGCAGCCGACUCCACCAUCUUUGCCAGCUGUGGCUGAAGCCGGAAAGGCACAGCAAGGAGGAGAUGCUGGACCUGGUGCUCCUGGAGCAGUUCCUGGCAGUCCUGCCUCCGGCGAUGGAGAGCUGGGUUAGGGAAUGCAGGCCGGAGGCCAGUUCCCAGGCUGUGACCACGGCAGAAGGCUUCCUCCUAAGCCAGGAAAAGGAUGUGAAGCUAGAACAACAGGAGGAGCCCAAAGGGGCUGCUCCUUUUCCCGAAGCAGAGAAGGUGCAAUCUGAUCUGUUCACCUGGGGAACAACAUGGAAGAGUAACAGAAGUGCCACUUUUACAGGUGGUGGAAGGACACAAGCAGGUGGCUCUGGACCUUCAAGCCUUUGUGGGGGCCUGGAAGCUGCCUCUGAACCUCCAGAGCAGGUUCUUGUGACUCUAGAGGAGGUGUCCGUCUCUUUCACCCAGGAGGAGUGGGGUCUGCUGGAUCCGGGCCAAAGGGCUCUGUAUUGGGAGGUCAUGGAGGAGAAUUGCAGGAAUCUGGCCUCUCUCGGGCAACCAUGCAAGAGAAAUGAGGAAAAGCAGAAAAGGGGAACUGAAGCACAAUCAAAGCAGAACAAGAAAUCCGUUGCUUUUGAAGGUGCCAAUUUUGAUGCAAUUCCAGUCCAAAAACAAAUUAAUAAUGGAAGCAAAAGGAGAAACUUUGCUCAGCAUACAAAACUCUUAAGUGGGAAAUCAGGCCUUGUGUCACUUCAGAGAAUGCAAAAUCAGAAAAAGCUGCCUGAAGAGUCAGCGUGUAUGACAAACUCCAAGGGGAGCAAAAACUUUAUUUUACAGGAAAUGUUGCCAACACCGGGGAAACCUCACAAAUGCUCACAUUGUGGAAAGAGCUUCAGGAAGAACUCAGAGCUUGAUUCCCAUCAUAGAAUUCACACAGGGGAGAAGCCAUAUAAAUGUACAGUGUGUGGAAAGAGUUUCAAGGAAGGCUCAGGCCUUAACUCCCAUCAAAGAAUCCACAAAGGGGAGAAACCAUAUAAAUGCUCAGUAUGUGGAAAGUGUUUCCGUUAUAGCUCAAACCUUACCUCUCAUCGAAGAACCCACACAGGGGAAAAACCAUAUAGAUGCUCAGUGUGUAGAAAGAGUUUCAGUUAUAGCUCAAAUCUUACCUCCCAUCAAAGAAUCCACACAGGAGAGAAACCAUAUAAAUGUUCAGAGUGUGGAAAGAGUUUCAAGGAUGGCUCUGGCCUUACUUCCCAUCAAAGAAUCCACACAGGAGAGAAACCAUAUAAAUGUUCAAUGUGUGGAAAGAGUUUCAAGGAUGGCUCAGGCCUUACUUCCCAUCAAAGAAUUCACACAGGAGAGAAAUUGUAUGAAUGCUCACAAUGCAGAAAGAGCUUCAGUUGCAAAGAGACCCUUGCUUCCCAUGAAAGAAUCCACACAGGAGAGAAGCCAUUUAAAUGCUCAUACUGUGAAAAGAGCUUCAGCGACAGAAGAAAUCUUACUUCCCAUCAAAGAAUCCAUACAGGGGAGAAACCAUUUCAGUGCUCAGAUUGUGGAAAGAGCUUUGGUCGCAAAGAGACUCUUGCCUCCCAUCAAAGAAUCCACACAGGAGAGAAACCAUUUAAAUGCUCAGACUGUGGAAAGAGCUUCAGACAGAGCGCAGGCCUUACUCACCACCAAAGAAUCCAUACAGGUGAGAAACCAUAUCAAUGCUCAGUGUGUGGGAAGAGCUUCACUGUGUAUGGAAACCUUAUUUCCCAUCUGAGAACUCAUGCAAGAAAAACCCUAUAAAUUUUCAGUGUGUGGAAUGGGCUUCAGUUUGUACAUGUCUUUUACAACCCUUUAAGAUUAAGCCCCUUCCCUUGCAGAGAAAGCAAAAAGGCAUAUCUAUGCAAUGAAAGGGGAUAGAGACUUUUCUUUUAAAGUGAAAGCUGGAAGUUCAGAAAAACUCUUGCAUCUGAUGAAGAGCACUCUGACUCUCAAAAGCUCAUACACUGGAAAUCUAGUUGGUCUUUAAGGUGCUACUGGACUUGAAUCUUGCUCUUUUAUUACAAUGGUAUAUUCAUAUAGUGAUGUAGCCAGUUCAUUAUAAUGCAUUUCUUUCUUUGUAACAUUUCUUUGUUCUGUAAAAAUGCUUGUCACAUGUCACCAGAGGUUGCAAUUCCACAUAGUUUCUAGGUACAAGAUAAAUCAAGUGGACAGUGGUUAGACAAACAAGUGAACUUGGAAUUCUGGUGUGCACUCAAGUGAUAGUAAAGUCAAGCAGGUUAUCUCUGCCCUUACAUCAGUUGUUUGUCAAAAUUCCUUUGUCUGUAAAAGUGUCCCAAAACAUUUAUUUUUAAAUUAAUUUAUUUAUUGAUAGUCCCCCUUGCUCACUGAGGGCCAAGCUACACAUGACGAAUGACACUUGAACGGCAAGUGGAUUGAGUGGAGGGCAAGUGAACAGGGAGAAAUACACUUGCUGUUCAAGUGUCAUUCGUCAUGUGUAGCUUGGCCCUCAGAUGCAAGGUGGAUUACACGACUCGUCAGCUACCCAUGCUGAUAACAGUUGUAUGUCCACAGCUAUGUAACUUUUUUUUCUCUAUCUUUGUGAAUGUUUGGUUAUUCUGAGCUUGUUCUUGUUCUCAAAUAUAAGUUUUUUUCACAGAUCACUGUUUUGGGUUUCUGUGUUAAAACUGCCACUAAAAUAUUACUCGAAAAAGAUUGAAGAAAGGGAGAGGGAUAGAUUGCACUCCUUUCCCCUCCCUUGCAGCGGCUUUCUACUGGAAGGAGUUAUGUGUUGUUUUUUCUUUUAUCUUUCUUGGCUCUGCUAUUUUAAUUGGAAA